AUGGGACCCUGCAGCCGUCGUAACGCUGAGGAAGGAGACGCGUUCUGUUUCCUAGAGAUGAACGUACUUUGGUCUAUUGUAGCCUAUCAGCCGGCUGGAGCCAGCACACACACCUUCGAUGCCACAGCCUUCUUCAAGUCAGUGGGGGUUUUCCUGGGCAUCUUCAGUGGAUCCUUCGCCAUGGGAGCCAUCACUGGAGUGGUCACUGCCCUCGUGACCAAGUUCACCAAGCUGCACUGUUUCCCUCUGCUGGAGACGGCCCUCUUCUUCCUCAUGUCCUGGAGCACCUUCCUAUUGGCCGAGGCCUGCGGGUUCACAGGUGUCGUGGCGGUGCUAUUCUGUGGGAUCACUCAGGCCCACUACACAUACAACAACUUAUCUGAGGAGUCCACCAAGCGCACCAAGCAGCUGUUUGAGGUCCUUCACUUCCUAGCAGAGAACUUCAUCUUCUCCUACAUGGGCCUGGCUCUGUUCACCUUCCAGAACCAUGUAUUCAGCCCCAUCUUCAUCGCCGGGGCCUUCCUGGCCAUCUUCAUAGGCCGCGCCUCCAACAUCUACCCCCUCUCCUUCCUGCUCAACCUGGGACGCAGACACAAGAUCAGGGGCAGCUUACAGCACAUGAUGAUGUUUGCAGGCCUGCGGGGGGCAAUGGCGUUUGCCCUGGCAAUCCGGGACACAGCUACCUACGCCCGUCAGAUGACGUUCACCACCACCCUCCUCAUCGUCUUCUUCACCGUCUGGGUGUUUGGAGGAGGGACCACCCCCAUGUUGUCAUGGCUACACAUAAGGGUCGGAGUGGAUCCAGAUCAAGACCUGCAACAAUGUGGAGAUAACCUCCUGCUCUUUCAAGGGGACGGGACCAUGCCAGACGUCAGUAAAACCAAGCAGGAGAGCGCCUGGCUCUUCAGGCUGUGGUACACCUUCGAUCACAACUACCUGAAGCCCAUGUUGACUCACAGUGGUCCUCCUCUCACCACGACCCUGCCAUCCUGCUGUGGUCCCCUGGCACGAUGCUUCACCAGCCCUCAGGCCUACGAGAACCAUGAGCAGCUGAGAGACGACGACUCCGACCUGAUCCUGAAUGACGGCGACUUGGCGCUGACCUACGACGACACGGCCAUCACGGCUAAAGGAGCUUCCUGUGGAGGGGCGGACGCGGGGGGCUGGGGGGUCAACGGGAAGAAGAGCAGCAGCACAUCUGAAGAGGCACUAGAGAGAGAGAUGGACCAGGAAUUCCUGUCCCGCAGCACACGCCUCGUCUUUCCCAUCGAAGACCACACCAUGACCCCAUGAACCCUCGCCCUCCAGCCCACACACACACACACCAGACUAUGGGAGGAGAGGAGGAGAAUAGGAGAGCGAGGGUUGGAGGAAAGGGUUUGGUUUAAAACAUGGCUGAUAUUGUCAUUACUUCCCGGUAUGGGACCUCCUGUGUAUGCACCCAAAACAAUAAAUUGCAGCUAAACUAGCAUAGUUUAGGGGUCUGCAAUAGGUUUGGCCUUUUCUCUGCUAAUAGUCAACAUUGAACAACAUAACAGCCCAUUCAUAGGCCUCUGAUACAACAUAACAGCCCAUUCAUAGGCCUAUGAUACAUAAUAAUAACAGCCCAUUCAUAGUCCUCUGAUACAACAUAACAGCCCAUUCAUAGUCCUCUGAUACAUCAUAACAGCCCAUUCAUAGUCCUCUGAUACAACAUAAUAACAGCCCAUACAUAGGCCUCUGCUACAUCAUAACAGCCCAUACAUAGGCCUCUGCUACAUCAUAACAGCCCAUACAUAGGCCUCUGCUACAUCAUAACAGCCCAUACAUAGGCCUCUGCUACAUCAUAACAGCCCAUACAUAGGCCUCUGCUACAUCAUAACAGCCCAUACAUAGGCCUCUGCUACAUCAUAACAGCCCAUACAUAGGCCUCUGAUACAUAAUAACAGCCCAUACAUAGGCCUCUGCUACAUCAUAACAGCCCAUUCAAAGUCCUCUGAUACAACAUAACAGCCCAUUCAUAGUCCUCUGAUAUAUCAUAAUAACAGCCCAUUCAUAGUCCUCUGAUACAACAUAACAGCCCAUUCAUAGGCCUCUGCUACAUCAUAACAGCCCAUACAUAGGCCUCUGAUACAUCAUAACAGCCCAUACAUAGGCCUCUGAUACAUAAUAAACAAUACGUAAACACAUCUGGUUAGUAGGCUCUAUUAUCAGUCCAGUGUCAAUAACAUAUCCUAAUACUUUCACUCUGAUUACACUGAUAAAAUCACCAAUGUCUAUAUUAAAUUCGUUUUUUAUAUAUCUUUGUGCAUUGAUUGGGGAAAAACAGCUUGCAAUCAAGAGAAAAUGUCCUCUGAAAAAGUCUCAAAAGAAAGGUGAAUUAUGAAAAUAUAAGUUUCAGGGAAGAAUGGACAGAGAAACGGGCCUUGCCAUAUUUCUCAAAUGUCAAAACAGUGUGUCUGUCACGACUUCCUCCGAAGUCGGUUCCUCUCCUUGUUCGGGUGGCGGUCGGGUCACCGGUCUUCUAGCCAUCGUCGAUCCACUUUUCAUUUUCCGUUUGUUUUGUCUUGUUUUCCCACACACCUGGUUUCCAUUUCCCUCAUUAAGUGUUGUGUAUUUAACCCUCUGUUCCCCCCCAUGUCUUUGUGUGGGAUUGUUUGCUGUAGGUGCUUGUGCACAUGUUGACUGGUGCACGUCGGGUUUUGCAUCCAUGUUGGUUAUUUCUUUAUGCCGUUGAAAUUAAACUGCUCCGGCUAUUCCCUA